GAUAUAUAUUUCCUGUCUGUUCUUUCCUAUUGAUCGUGUAAGGUCUUUUGGGGAUGCUGUAGAAGCGAAUAGGCUUUCCAUCAUGACAGCUUUGUGAGAGCAGCACCGGCACACUUCCGUGGGUUUACCAUGCUCUUCAUCCUGGCUUAGUACUAAAAUCGUUAUCGAAAGCUUGAGUUUUAGCAGAAGCAGACUGUUACUACAACUAGCAUUAGUAUAGAACUAUCGUAAGCGUUUCUGCCAGAACACUUCGUUGUGUUAUAGUAGCUAUGAAUAAAUGUAAAAUAAAAUGUUUAAUAUUUUUGAUACUUGCAAUUUUGUGGGUUUAUGGAGAUGGUAGUGAAACCAGUUCUGACUCUAAGCGGCUUUACGAUGACCUGAUCUACGGUUAUAACUCUUUGAUUCGACCUGUGGGAAACAACUCGGAUAGGCUCACCGUUAAAAUGGGAUUGAAACUCUCUCAGUUGAUAGAUGUGUGCCGACGGUAACUAUGAAGUGACCAUUAUGACCAAAGCUGUCCUUCAUUCCGACGGUUUAGUCAUAUGGCGACCACCGGCAAUUUACAAGAGCUCGUGCGAGAUGAACGUUCAAUACUUUCCAUUUGAUGAACAAACUUGCACCAUGAAAUUUGGCUCCUGGACAUAUGAUGGCUAUACUGUUGACCUCAAACAUAAACACCAGUCUGAUGACGCUGAAGAAUCUGACAUUGUAAUAGGAAUUGACUUGAGUGAUUUCUAUUUAAGCGUCGAGUGGGAUAUUAUGGCGGUGCGCGCAAGACGCAAGGAGAAAUUCUACAGUUGCUGCGAUGAACCGUAUCCUGAUAUCACGUUUAAUAUAACCUUAAGGCGGAAGACUCUUUUUUACACCGUAAACCUCAUUAUUCCUUGUGUGGCCAUCUCCUUCCUCUCUGUCUUAGUGUUCUAUUUACCAUCAGAAAGCGGGGAAAAAGUGUCACUAAGUAUCUCGAUCGUACUUUCUUUAGGCGUAUUUUUCUUGUUGCUUUCAGAAAUCAUUCCUCCGACCUCCCUAACAGUUCCUUUGCUUGGUAAAUAUCUGCUUUUUACAAUGAUCUUGGUGUCGUUUUCCGUGUUUGUCACCAUUGUGGUUCUAAACGUGAAUUUUCGUUCGCCGUCUUCACAUCAUAUGCAUCCUUGGGUUUGCACAAUUUUUUUGGAAAUCUUGCCAAAAAUCUUGAUGAUAAAGAGACCUCGGGAGCCUGAAAAAGUUGGAGAAAGUAGGUUUACUGAGGCUGAUAUAAAACACCCUUCUCCUCUGAAAAAACCUGGAUUUUUAGAAUAUGAGUGUCCAUUUCAUGAAACUAGUUACACAGUCGCUAGUAUUGGCGAUGACGUGAUAGAUCUGGAAUCUGAUGUCUGUUCUUCAUCUCUCCAAGACAGAGGGUUAUGUACUGAACAGGAGAGAGCAAUCUUAAACAUUCAUUUUAUUGCUCAGCAUAUGGAAAACCAAGACAAUUAUUCCGAGAUUGAAGGAAACUGGCAGUUUGUUGCUAUGGUUUUAGAUCGCUUUUUUCUCUGGAUAUUCACAUUGGCUUGUGUCAUCGGUUCUGCUUGCAUCCUAUUGGAAGCACCAGCACUUUAUGAUGAUCAACAGCCAAUCGAUGUUGUCUUAUCCAAAAUGGCUCCAGCUCGUCUACAUUAUAUCAAAGAUUAAUAGCUUUUACUCUGAAUCUAUUAUAACUUACGAAAUUAUAAGUUUUAUGUUAAUUAAGUCCGUAAUCUAAUCGUCUUAGCUGUUGCGACCUUUUGGUGGAUAACUUUGACCAAUGUUUUAUAAAUAUUGGUUUUGACUAAGAUAACAGAGCUAGAACUUAACAUAUUUUCGUGAUCAUGUUAACAGAGUUAGUACAACAAGUAAUGAAGAUCCUUAAGUUUAUUGAAAUUAUAAGGUAAUUGAAACUUUAACCAAAGAAAAAAGUCGAUGUUUGGAAAGUUGUGAGUUAUUUUAAAUUAACUAACUCAUAUGGCUUUAAAUUUCAUGUUUUACUUUAUAGACUAAGGUUAAAAUAGUUUAUGGAUUUAUUAUAACACGUGUGAAUGAUUCUUUAAUAGUUAUAUCUGUCCGAGCAAUGUUUGAAGCACAAAGAAGUUAAACUUUUCUUAUAAUAAGCCUUUAUUGUGUAUGAUAUUACGUAAAGUUUUCCAAAUGUCAAAUGCUAUAGAAGUAUAAGAAAAAUAGAUCAAAACGAAAUUAUGUUUCAUAUGAGCAAAAUGGUUCAUGCUAUAUAUAAAUAUAUACUGAUGGAUGACACUUUCCUCAUUUAAAAUCAUGUAAAACCUCAUUCGUUUGUAUUUCUUACCAACAAUUUACCUGGUCUGUUGUGAGUUAAAAUUGCUCGAAAGCAGUUUUCAACUGUUCGUGGUUAUGGUUUCAAAACACUGCUGAAGCUGAUAUGUACUAAACUGAAAGUUGAAGAAAUAUUAGUUGUAGGUCUCGAUAAAAAGUUUUUCUAACUCAAAGGCUUUCCAAUAGGAAAAGGUAUAGUGACAAAUAUAUAAAUAUAUAUCACAUCAGCUUUUAUGGAUUAUGUGCUAUUACCUCAUACAAAACACUUUAUUUUUUGACUAUUCAUCUGUG